ACUUGCUUAAGCUAGUGUAUACUACUUACAUAUUUGCCUAAUUUCCCCUCCUCUUUCACCCUUAUCCCACCCCCAAAAUGGGUUCUCUAACAUUCACCCCUAACCUUCUUCAAGGCAAACUACUAAAACAACCUUCCCACAACCACCUCUCCCUUCAUGCAUGGAAGAACCUUAACCUUAACCUUAACCUUAGCAAAAGACGAUUUCGUCCUCGUUCAUCCAACUCCACCAAAACAAUAACAACAACUCCGUUACCGGAAUCAUCACCACCACCACCACCAUCGCCGCCGUCACCGGUGGAGGAAUUCGAAUCCAUAGAAAGCGAGUUUCUUCGAGAUCUAAAGCUAGACCUUCAAGAAGAUUCUAGGCUUUUACGUGAAAUAUGGAAAGAUAUUCAAGGUCGUAAUGAUUGGGAGGGAUUAAUUGACCCAAUGAAUUCCCAUCUCCGGCGAGAAAUACUCCGGUACGGGGAGUUUGCUCAAUCUUCUUAUGAUUCGUUUGACUUUGACCCUCAUUCUAAGUAUUGUGGGUCUUGUAAGUAUGCAAAAUCGGAGUUUUUUGAGAAGAUGGAUAUGGCUCACUAUGGGUAUAGUAUAUGCCGAUACCUCUAUGCAACAUCAAACAUCAACCUAGAAAAAUUCUUCAGAAAAUCAUCAAGCAUAAGAAGCAUAUGGAGCCCACAUGCCAACUGGAUGGGUUACGUGGCAGUCACUAGUGAUAAAGAGGAAAUCAAGAGACUUGGUCGCAGGGAUAUACUUAUUGUGUGGCGGGGCACAGUUACGUACUUAGAGUGGAUCCAUGACCUUAAAAAUAUACUACGACCCGCCCAUUUCAGAGAUAACCCGCAUGUUCAGAUUGAAUCCGGGUUUUAUGAUUUGUAUACAACUAAGGAAGAAAAUUGCAAGUUUUGCUCCUUUUCAGCUCGAGAGCAAGUCCUAUCAGAGGUAAAAAGACUGGUGGAGCGAUUCAAAGACGAGGAACUCAGCAUAACAAUCACAGGACACAGCUUAGGGGGAGCCCUAGCUUUACUAAGUGCCUAUGAUAUAGCCGAAAUGAGGCUCAACAUUGUUAAAAAUGAGAAGAAUAAAACCAAGAAAAUACCACUCUCAAUAUUCUCCUUUGCAAGCCCUAGAGUUGGUAACCUAAAAUUCAAAGAAAGAUGUGAUGAAUUAGGACUUAAACAAUUAAGAAUCAUAAACAUUCAUGAUAAAGUCCCUACAAUGCCUGGAUUAAUAGCAAAUGAGAAGAACAAACUACAAAAGUAUUUAGAGGAAAAGGUUCAUUUUCCUUGGAGUUAUGCCCAUGUGGGGACCGAGUUUGCGCUGGAUCAUACGCGUUCGCCGUUCCUGAAGCCGCCCACGGACGUGAGUUGUGCGCACAAUCUCGAGGCGCACUUGCAUCUCGUGGACGGGUAUCAGGGGAAGGGGAGGAAGUUCUGUCUGACGACUAAGAGGGAUGUUGCACUUGUUAAUAAGGAUUCGAAUUUUCUGAAGAGCGAGUAUGGGGUCCCGCCGAAGUGGAGGCAAGAUCUUAAUAAGGGUAUGGUGAGGAAUGAUGAGGGUCGGUGGGUGGUGCCUGAUCGGGCUAGGGUCGAGCACCACCCGCCGGAUACGGCUCAUCAUUUUGCUCUUGCUAUGAAGUUUGCUCAUGACCCGAGUUUUAACGUCUGAAGACUGGUAAUGGGUGUACAACAAGCUAGGUGUAUAGUUUGAUGUUUGUGCUUGUAAGUUAUUUUUACCGUUCCUAUUCCAUUCCAGAACAGUAUGUACUAGUAAAAUGUGGUUCUUGUCUUAAGGUUGUACGAAAUAUCCUAGGACCAGCCACCGAGUUCUCAUCCUAGCCCGGUGGGUUAUGCCUGACCGGGCUAGGGUCAAGCACCACCCACCUGAUAUGGCCCAUCAUUUUUCCCUUGCCAUGAAGUUUGCUCAUGAUCCGAGUUUUAACGUCUAAAGACUGGUUAGGAUCCUAUAACAGAGUUUAUAGUCUUUUAUACACGCUAUACUGUGCUCUUAAAAUAUGUGGUUUGUGGUUCUCAUCCUUGGAUUGUACGAAAUAUCCUAGGACCAGCUACUUAGUUCUCACUCUAGGGUUACGUUGUCAAAUCACAAAUGUCAAAUGUCAAAUGUCAAAUGUCUAUGUGUAGAUUGUAGUGCGUUUGUGGGCAUUGUUGAGUUGGGGGCCCUUAUGUUGUAACGUCGUUAGCUUUGGAGCAUUGCAUAUGUAAGUAUGUGUAAUAAUGCAGAGAUUCUUUAGCUUCCUAAGUUAGUUAUACUUCGUAUAUAGAGGCCAAAAGUAGCACUUGAUGUGUUGAUGUGAACAAUUUAACGCAUGCAUGUAUAAAAGCUAGUAUAAUGAAAACGAGUGUGUAACAAAGUUAUGUACGAAAGUAUGCAACAAUGGGUGGUGUUUGUUGUCA